CGAGUAGCACAGACAAAUGUCAUAAUUUUUGUUUCAGAUCAAUAGCACACGCUUCCAAAUUUUUAAUUGGCAUUUCAUAACAGAAAGUAAGCAAGACAAUUUUCCGAAUAUGUUAAAAUUGGUGGCGCAGCAACUGCGUCAACAGAUGCGGCAUGUCUCCCGUGUAAGUGCCAUCAAUUACACCAAGGCCACCAGUGGAACUGACUUAUCAAGACAACAACAACAACAAUCCACACAAGCGCCAACAAUUGAGGUAAAUAAAGCGCUUGAAGGUUGGUCCGAAAAACUACGUAAGGCCGGCGUUGGAGAUAUUGAUUUUAAUCUAAAAUGUUUGGUAGCGCAUGUGCUGGGCAGGAAAUUUAAUACGGUUAAAGGUUACAAUGGGCUACUUUUUACCGAAAAUCAAUUGCAAGAUUUCGAACGUUUCUGUGAAGCGCGUUGUGCACGUAUGCCACUACAGUAUAUAAUAGGCGAAUGGGACUUUAUGGAUUUGACAUUGAAGACCUCGCCUUCCGUGUUCAUUCCACGACCGGAAACGGAGGAAUUCGUUUCUAAAGUGAUUGAAGUGUAUCGUGAUAUUAAAGAACCCAUUCACAUGUUGGAGGUGGGCUGUGGUUCCGGUGCUAUGUCAUUAGCUAUACUACAUGCUUUGCCCAAUGUACGCAGUACUGCAAUUGAACGCGGCAAAGCAGCAACGGAGUUGUCUAGAGAAAAUGCUAAGUUGCUUGGUUUAGACAAGCGUUUCACUGUAUAUCACCAUACUAUGGAAGUAGAUAAUUAUCUACCGCCUGAGUUGGGUACCGAAGUUUUCGAUUUGAUUAUUGGUAAUCCGCCUUAUGUCAAAUCGGAAGAGUUCCCAUUAUUGCAACCGGAAGUCGUUUGUUAUGAAAAUUUGAAUGCUCUCGAUGGCGGUCCAGAUGGUUUGCGUGUAGCACGCUUGGUUUUCAAUUUAGCCUGUGAACAUUUGCGUCCAGGUGGCAAGAUGUGGUUAGAGUUGGGCGAAGAUCACCCACCUUUGGUGCAAACAAUUAUGGAUACGCAAUAUGAGGGACGUUUACGUUUCGUUGCUGGAUAUAAAGAUCAGUAUAAACGCAAUCGCUUUGUCGAAAUAGAGAAAGAGAAUGUUAAUAACGUUGAAUAGACAACAUAUAGACGCGUGUGUAAUAGCACACAAGUUUUAGACGCUAAUAAUUUAGACAUUGAAAUAUGUUACAAACAAUUUCUGCAAAUUAACGCUUUAUAUAGCUGAAACCAGUGAUAGAAUUAAUUAGCAGGCAUAUAAUGCACUUGGCAUUUUAUUGAAUGCAUUUGAAAUUAAUUACGUAAAUAAAUACAUAUUUAUUAAAUUA